CAUGUAACAGAGAGGUGUCCGGUAUUAUAGGACUCCGGGAACAUGGCCGCCGCCUCCUAUUCUCCUCUGCUCUUGCUGCAGAUGCUGUCACGCCGGUGCUACGGCAUAAUGGCGGCUGCUAUGCGGCUGUAUGACAGAUGGAUCCAGUAACAGAAAUACCCCAGAGAGAUGUCCCCGUCACCUCUGUAUUCACAGGAUUUUAGAAUUGUGGAGGAGAAUUCCAGACCGCCACAAGAGCAUCAGGUCUGGUUGAUAUUAAUGUAAAACAUAUGGAGGGAGAAGAAGAGUUACAUUUGACUGAUAUAGAGGGAGAAGAAGAGACGUAUGUGACUGUUAUUAAGACAGAAGAUACAGAGGGAGAAGACACAUUUGUGACUGAUAAUAAGGCAGAAGAUAUAGAAGAAGAGGAGACAUAUGUCACUGAUAUGAAGGCAGAUGACAUAGAGGGAGAAGAAGAGUCAUAUGUUCCUGAUAUGAAAGCAGAAGAUACAGAGGGAGAAAAUACAUUUGUGACUGUUAUUAAGGUAGAAGAAAUAAAGGUAGAAGAAGAGACGUAUGUGAGGGGUGAUCAGCAGUGUAAGGAGGAGGAAAUCCCUACAGAUAAAACAGAUGGAUGUAACUUCAGAAAUGUCUCAGAUCAUCAUCUCGUGUUAUCUUCAGACUGUGAAAUAGAAGAUAAUGACACAACACAAGAUUCUCCAGGAGAAAACCCUAUUACUUCAAUUGUACAUCCAGUACAUCAUAGUGUGGACGUGUCAUCUAAUACCUCUAACCAUGACCAGUUGUCUCCUGAUAACUCGGAUAUUGGUCUGUCUAUUACAGCUCUUACAGUAGAUAAAAUAUUUCCCUGUCCUACUCGUGCCAAAUGUUUUACACAGCCCACAGCUGUGACAGGUGAGAGGCCAUUUCCAUGUUCUGAGUGUGAAAAAUGUUUUACACAUAAAUCAGAUCUUGUUAGACAUGCGAGACGUCACACAGGUGAAAGGCCGUAUCCAUGUUCUCAGUGUGGGAAAUGUUUUACGCAGAAAUCAGCUCUUCUCAGACAUGAGAGAAGUCACACAGGUGAGAAACCAUUCCCAUGUUCUGAGUGUGGGAAAUGUUUUACUGAGAAAUCAUCUCUUGUUAUACAUGAGAGAACUCACACAGGUGAGAAACCAUUUACAUGCGCCGAGUGUGGAAAAUGUUUUACAAAGAAAUCAUAUCUUGUUAUACAUCAGAGACAUCACACAGGUGAGAAACCAUUUCCAUGCUCAGAGUGUGGAAAAUGUUAUACACAGAAAUCACAUCUUGUUAAACAUCAGAGAAGUCACACAGAUUAGCUAUUGUCAUGCUCUGAUUGUUGAAAGCCAUUAACAAGUUUUGAGUGAGGGAAAUAACUGCUCUCAUAUCUUGGUAAACCAUACUUUAUUCACAUACAAGUUAUACUUUGUUUGCAAGUGGAAUAAAUCUUGUCACAUCUCUUUUUCAUUAUACGGGGUUUUCAGAAAGUCCCUCUGCAGCAACUGUGUGCUAAGAAAGCCUCAACACAGAAAGUGUGCUAUGUACAAUAACAUAUUUUUAAGCGCUUUACAUGAGAUUAAAGAGAAUUUGUUAACAUUUUUAUCUACAGUAAGUGUUGAAAGUAUUGUCCCUCUCUGGCCUCCCACAGCUGCAGAGAUUAGCAGCCAGAGACAAAACUCACUUGCGGAGGGUCUUUUUUUAACUCUCUGUAUAAAGGAUUGACUUGGCCUAACAGUCAAGUUUCUGCCUUACACUUAUUCCUAUGAAAUGCAGCAAGGAGUCAAGAAGCGCAAAGUAAUGUGAGGCCAUAAAUGGUCUCGUUAUAUUGGAGGUUUAUUUACUAAAAAAAAAAAAUACUAUCAGACACCAUCAGGGCACAACUGUAGUGAAAAUAAGGACUCCUACAGACGUGUCCUCAUACAUCAUGGCUGCAGUCGCCCCAAACAGCCUCUAGCAUGCUAGGUCCUGUAAGUCUCAUCUGGCUUCGGGCAUCUUUUAUGCCAAAAAUGCAUCUCGGUCGCAAUGCGAUGUAACUAGAACCCACUAAGAGACUGUUCUGAUUAAUUUUAAAUGCAACACUUGUAUAUCUGUGUAUAACUAAGUCUCUGAAUCUUUAUACAAAGUGCUAUGAUGCAGCAGCCACCAUUUUUUUGCAUUUUUUUAUGCCAUUUUCCAUGCCAAGGGCUUUAUAUACAGACUCAGUCACACACAGAUUGUCGCAUAUCAGGUGAAUCAGUACAGUCUCCUGGUGCAUCCUAGUUGCAUCGCUUGUGAGUAUUAAUAAGAGAGAUGGGCAUAAUUGAAAUGGCAAUGUGUACAGAAGGGUGGGUUGCAGGGAGAAUGAAGGAUGUAAUUGGUUUGGAGAUAAUAACAUGGAGUGUAAUGAGGAAAAGCAAUUUGUGGUACAUUGUGUGUUUGACAUUUUUUAUUUAUUUAUGCUUAGAGUGUAAUGGAGUUGCAAUUGUUAAAGUUAACCAUUCAAAUACCUGUUUAUUAGUGUUGGUCAGCUGUUCAUUUUCAGUGUUAUGAAUAAACUGUUCAAAAACACAGGUACUCAAACUCGGUCCUCAGGACUCCACACAGGGCAUAUUUUGCAGGUCUCACAGAAUCUCAAGCGAAAUAAUUAGCUCCACCUUUGGACCUUUUAAAAUGUGUCAGUAAGUUAUUAAUACACCUGUGCACCUGCUGGGCUACCUGCAAACAUGCACUGUGUGGGGUCCUGAGGACUGAGUUUGAGAACCUGUGAUCUAAAGGAAUACUAUGGCUAAUUAAUAUAGGCUACCAGUGAAGCAAAUGUUUAGUUGAUGAAAGGUGAUAGAUUACACUGUAUUUGACUAUACAAAUACCAGCCCAGUAUGCGAUCAUUAACUAUGUUUCAACUAGCAACAUUUUAAGUACAAUUAUUAUUUUUUUAUGUUGAUGCUCUCUUUUAUUUUUAUGACGUCUUAUAAUUGUUUAUAGAGUAUGUUUCUUUAUUCAAAUUUCUUUAUAAUAUAUAAUCUAUUAGUAUUUAUUAGAUACAUAUGUAAUACCCACAGUUGUACUUAUCAUUCCAUUCAUACAUAUAAAUAAUGCAGGUUAUGGGUUUGUGACGCUGUUAGCUCACAGGAUGGCCGAGUGUGUCCUAGUCACCGCGUUGCAGCUAAGAGGCAUUUUCGGCAAAACAAGUCAACAGAUACUAGCAGAGUUGCACCAGACCUUGCGUCUGGCUUGCACCAAGCAUCUUGUACUGCAUAGCAUAUUGAGGCUAUAUGUAUAAGAACACAUCGGUAUAUGUGGGGUUCCUGGAACACUGGGUGGAAUCACCAUAUGUAUCAUAUGUGUCUGUAAAGAGACAGUGCUCUCUACUUCUCUUUCCUGAGCAAACAGGACGAUGCUAUAAAGAUCUAGCUUUUUCAGGAUUCAUUUUGUGCUGUGUAUACUGCUAAUGUCAUAAAUGCUAUAUUGUAAUCUUGAUGUUUUAUUGUACUCCUCUCUGACAUCGUUAUGUUUUGACUUUUUUUAUUAAAUAUAUUUUAAAAAUGCUAAA